ACCGGACAUAACGGUCCGCGCGCGGUGCCGGAGACCGGAAGUGGAGGCGAACCGUCGCGGGGCGUGCCCGGCCUUGCUCAACGCCCGGCAGUCCCUGCCGCCGCCGCUGCCGCCAGCGGAGGCCGCUGCCGAGGACUCCUGCAGCCGCAAUGUCCGCCAGCGCUGUCUACGUGCUGGACCUGAAGGGCAAGGUGCUCAUCUGCCGGAACUACCGGGGUGAUGUGGACAUGUCCGAGGUGGAGCACUUCAUGCCCAUCCUGAUGGAGAAGGAGGAGGAGGGGAUGCUCUCGCCCAUCCUGGCCCACGGGGGCGUCCGCUUCAUGUGGAUCAAACACAACAACCUGUAUCUGGUCGCCACCUCCAAGAAGAACGCGUGCGUGUCGCUGGUGUUCUCCUUCCUCUACAAGGUGGUGCAGGUGUUCUCCGAGUACUUCAAGGAACUGGAGGAGGAGAGCAUCCGCGACAACUUUGUCAUCAUCUACGAGCUGCUCGAUGAGCUCAUGGACUUCGGCUACCCACAGACCACGGACAGCAAGAUCCUGCAGGAGUACAUCACUCAGGAGGGCCACAAGCUGGAAACAGGGGCCCCACGGCCCCCCGCCACCGUCACCAACGCUGUGUCCUGGCGGUCUGAGGGCAUCAAGUACCGGAAAAACGAGGUGUUUUUGGACGUCAUUGAGUCAGUCAACCUCUUGGGUAAAUACCCAGGAGUGGGAUUGCUGGGUCAUACGGUGAGCGCCAACGGCAAUGUCCUGCGCAGCGAGAUCGUGGGCUCCAUCAAGAUGCGGGUCUUCCUGUCGGGCAUGCCCGAGCUGCGCCUCGGCCUAAAUGACAAAGUCCUCUUCGACAACACGGGCCGUGGUAAAAGCAAGUCCGUGGAGCUGGAGGACGUGAAGUUCCACCAGUGCGUGCGGCUCUCGCGCUUCGAGAACGACCGCACCAUCUCUUUCAUCCCGCCUGACGGCGAGUUCGAGCUUAUGUCCUACCGCCUCAACACCCACCAGGUGAAGCCCCUGAUAUGGAUCGAGUCCGUGAUCGAGAAGCACUCCCACAGCCGCAUCGAGUACAUGAUCAAGGCCAAGAGCCAGUUCAAGCGGCGGUCGACGGCCAACAACGUGGAGAUCCACAUCCCCGUGCCCAACGACGCUGACUCGCCCAAGUUCAAGACCACCGUGGGGAGCGUCAAGUGGGUCCCCGAGAACAGCGAGAUCGUCUGGUCCAUCAAGUCCUUCCCGGGCGGCAAGGAGUACCUGAUGCGGGCCCACUUCGGGCUGCCCAGCGUGGAGGCAGAGGACAAGGAGGGCAAGCCCCCGAUCAGCGUCAAGUUCGAGAUCCCCUACUUCACUACCUCGGGCAUACAGGUGCGCUACCUGAAGAUCAUCGAGAAGAGCGGCUACCAGGCCCUGCCCUGGGUCCGCUACAUCACCCAGAAUGGAGACUAUCAGCUCCGGACCCAGUGAGGCUGCAGCCCACCCUCGGCUCUACGUGUGGUCCUGGGGGGCCCUGGGGACGCCCCCUCUGGCUCCGUGGAUCGAGGACAGCAGCCCCGGACCCUGGCUGCCCCUGGCUGCUUCCUUCUUGAGGUGCACGCUCUGCCUUCGGCCCACUCACUCGCCCUGUGUUGCCCUUUCCCCAGAGGGGCCUCUCGAGCGGCCUCAUCUCUGCCCCCACCCCCAUCCCGAGUCCGUUUUGGAGACUGGAAAUGAAAUCUUUCCCUCUAAAGGUAAAACGCAGCCUCCGUGCCGUUCUGCUCUUUGGCACUGAAAAGACUGGGGGCCUGUUGCCUGACGGCUAGCUAUAGACUCUCUCAUCCCCAGGGACUGGGCCAGGCCCACUGGGUGGACGGGGUGGUCCUCGGUGGCUGUUUCUGUUCAGUGUUGUAGUUUAGAGUGUCCUGGCUUUGGUCUCUGCUGUCCGUGUUGACCCCUGCUCGAAGCUCCCGUCCCCAGGGCCUGCCGGCCGCAGGCAGCACUUAACAAGGCCGGGCCCAGCCCCCUCGCCUGGGAAAACCAGGCCCCCCACCCUCCCUGUCUUCCUCCUCACGAAGAUGGAGGCCGACCAUCACCUGGAGGUGGCUGCCGCGGCCCUGGCUCCAGCUCGGAGGCCGCCGGGUGGUGGACACCUGGGGCCCACCCGUGCCACACCGAUACUGUCCUUCGGCCACAUCAGUGUUUCCCACAGAGGGUAGGGCCGGUGAGGUUGCUGGCCCGGCCUUCCUCCCUCCAAGGGCUGGGGCGGGAGCUCCUGUUACCUGGGCCCCCCUCCUGCCUGUGUUCGUGUCAAAUUACAUUAAAUUCCAGUUAUUAAACAAA